CGAGAGUGUGUAUCGCAGUCGUUUAAGUGCAAACGGAUACAAUACAUCUUUCAUGUACAGUGAACGUCGUGCGUCGAUCUAUACGAUUAUAUUUCUGUUCGUUAAAAAAAAUUUUUAUCAUAACCAUGAAAUUGCUUUUCUUGUUUGUGGCCCUCUUCAUGGCGCAUUUAGCCGUGUUUGUAACGGCAGACCUAGAUCUGGUAUUGCUCCACACCAACGACAUGCACAGCCGUUUUGAUGAGACCGAUAUUUACUGUAACGAAUGUCGCAAAAACGAUGCGGUUAAUGGUCGAUGUUAUGGUGGGUUCGCAAGGGUUGCUCAAGUUGUAAAGGACGAAAAGAAAAAGGCAGAAGAAAAAAAUCUGACGUCCCUAUUCAUAGUGGCUGGAGAUACUUUUCAAGGCACACCAUACUUCACAUUUUUCAAAUGGCAGGCCGUAGUAGAUUUCAUAAAACAAUUGCAACCUGAUGUUAUGAAUUUGGGGAAUCAUGAGUUCGACGACGGUAUUGAUAGUCUUGUUUCGUAUCUAAACGGAAUUCAAGAUAUACCAACAGUAGUUUCAAAUUUAAAUAUGACAUUAGAACCAGAUUUGGAUAAAUUCAUAACGAGGUCAUUUGUAUUUGAGAAAAAUAAUACAAAAGUGGGAAUCGUUGGAUACUUGACAACGGAUACUCCGGUGAAUAAUGGUUCAUUUACGAUUUUCAUCAAAUUGAUAUAUUUAGGCAAACCACCAAGCAUUGAAAAACCAUAUGGAACAUAUCCGCUAUAUGUGACCACUGUCAAAAAUAAGACCGUGCCAAUAUUACAAAUAUACGCAAAUACCAAGUACAUAGGCAAAGUUGAUAUACACUUUAACUCAAAUGGUGAUUUAGUUAGUAUCAAUGGUUCACCAAUAUUAUUGAAUAAUGAAAUAAAACAAGAUCCAUCUAUGUUGACUGUCAUUGAUAAAUGGAAACCGUCGGUUACUAAAAUUACAAACGUUACUGUUGGACGUACAACUGUUGAGUUGUUAAAUAAUUGUCAUCUUAUGGAAUGCAAUAUAGGAAACCUCAUAGCUGAUUCAUUUGUAUACUAUAACGUGUUAAAAAAAAAAAAUUACGACGAGUAUUGGACUGAUGCACCAAUAGGGAUCGUUCUAUCCGGAAGUAUUCGAAAUACAAUAAAUGAAAAUGAUCAUGAAGGAUAUAUUACUUUGGGACAGUUAAUCAAUGUCUCUCCGUUUGCCAAUAAACUGGUCAAAGUUACAAUUUCUGGCGCUAGUCUUUUAGAAGCAUUUGAACACAGUGUUUUCGAUUAUCUAUUGCAUAAUGGUGGAAUUAAUUUUUUACAAGUAUCUGGUGUUUUGGUUGAAUUUGAUUUGAGUCAAAAACCAGGUCAUCGAGUCUCUUCAUUAUAUCUUCGAUGCGGUGAUUGUAGCGUUCCUAAAUUUGAUCCCGUGAUAUUGACUGCCAAUUAUACUUUAGUGACAUCUGAUUAUUUGGCCAACGGUGGAAAUAAUUUUAAUGCAUUUAAGAAAAUAGUGAAGAAAAACGAAAUACUAAGUGUUGUAGAUUAUAAUGCAACCGCGAUGUAUAUGGAGUCUAUUAGUCCAAUAACAAUCGGAAUAGAAAACAGAAUAAUCAUUAAAACUUCAAAUUAAAAAGCAAUACGAAGACACAAAAUGAUCAAGUAUUUUUAUUUGUUAUGUCUGUAAUAAUAUGUUUUAA